GCGUACAUUCUAGCCAAACAUAGCACUCCUCUCCCUGCAACUGAAAAGAUCUAAUGGCUCCGUCGCUCCCCCGGCUUCCCCCUUCCCCUUCUUCCAGUCCUGCUUAUUGAGCUAAGAUCAAAUGCACCCCAUCUGACGACCUCGGACUGCCCCUGCAACCCAGCCUCUUUCCACCGCCCGAUCUCCGCCAUCCGCCAUGGAGCCAGACGUGAGCAUCGAGACCGGGUCCAUGAUCCGCGUCGCCGUUCUCCCGAUCGGCGCGGUACCGACGGCGCUUCUGCGUGACUACGCGUCGCUUCUGGUCCAGCACCGUAAGGUGGAGCUCUCUGCCAUCAGCUCCUUCUACACGGAGCACCAGAAGAGCCCCUUCGCCAACCAGCCCUGGGAGUCCGGCAGCCUACGCUUCAAGUUCAUGCUCGGCGGCUCCCCUCCCUCGCCAUGGGAGGACUUCCAGUCCAAUCGCAAGAUCCUUGCCGUCAUUGGCAUUUGCCACUGCCCCUCCUCCCCCGAUCUGGACGGAGUCCUCGAGCAGUUCGGCACCGCCUGCAAAGGCUACACCUCCGCCCUCGUUCAGCGCUGCUUCGCAUUUUGCCCCACUGAUUCUCAGCUAGAGGAUGGCAGUGAAAAAGGGGGUAAUUUAAUUUUGUUUCCUCCUGCUGAUCGACAAACUCAGGAGUUUCAUUUGCACACAAUGAUGCAAGAUAUUGCGGCCUCAUUGUUGAUGGAAUUUGAAAAAUGGGUUCUUCAGGCAGAAUCUGCUGGAACAAUUCUGAAGACGCCUUUAGAUUCUCAAGCUAGCCUAAGCUCAGAGGAGGUGAUCAAGGCGAAAAAGCGGAGACUUGGUCGUGCUCAAAAAACUAUUGGAGAUUAUUGCUUGUUGGCAGGGUCCCCUGUUGAUGCGAAUGCACAUUAUUCCACUGCAUUAGAACUUGCCAGGUUGACCGGGGAUUAUUUUUGGUAUGCUGGUGCAUUGGAGGGUGGCGUUUGUGCCUUACUGAUAGAUCGCAUGGGCCAGAGGGAUCCAGUUUUAGAGGAGGAGGUUAGGUAUCGGUACAAUAGUGUCAUCUUGCAUUAUAGGAAGUCAUUCAUUCAAGACAACGCUCAGAGAGUUUCACCCUUGAGCUUUGAACUUGAGGCUACUUUGAAAUUGGCACGAUUUCUUUGCAGAAGAGAGGUGGCUAAGGAGGUUGUAGAGUUGUUGACCAAUGCUGCUGAUGGUGCAAAAUCUUUGAUUGAUGCAAGUGACCGACUGAUAUUGUAUGUCGAAAUAGCUCGUUUAUUUGGGACUCUUGGUUACCAGCGGAAAGCUGCUUUUUUUUCAAGGCAGGUAGCUCAGUUGUAUUUGCAGCAAGAAAACAGAUUUGCUUCCAUUAGUGCCAUGCAGGUGUUGGCAAUGACAACGAAAGCAUAUCGUGUCCAAAGCAGAGCAUCCCCUUCAAAAAAUGCUGCCCCUAAUGAAGCUGCAUCUACGCAUGCUGAUGGCGGGAAAAUCCAUCACCAGUCAGUAGUCUCACUGUUUGAGUCCCAGUGGAGCACCCUGCAGAUGGUUGUGCUAAGAGAGAUAUUGAUGUCUGCUGUCCGUGCAGGAGAUCCUCUAGCCGCAUGGAGUGCAGCGGCACGUUUACUUAGAUCUUACUACCCUCUAAUUACACCUGCUGGGCAAAAUGGCCUGGCAAGUGCACUUGCAAAUUCAGCUGAAAGGCUGCCCUCAGGGAUUCGUUGUGCUGAUCCUGCCUUACCUUUCAUAAGGUUGCAUUCCUUUCCUUUACAUCCCUCUCAAAUGGACAUUGUAAAACGGAAUCCAGUGAGAGAAGAUUGGUGGGCGGGAUCUGCUCCUUCAGGGCCUUUUAUUUAUACACCAUUCAGCAAAGGAGAGGCAAAUGACAGCAAUAAGCAGGAGAUGGUUUGGAUUGUUGGGGAACCAGUCCAGGUGUUGGUGGAAUUGGCAAACCCUUGCGGCUUUGAUUUAAUUGUUGAUAGUAUAUAUCUCUCAGUGCAAUCUGGAAAUUUUGAUGCUUUUCCAAUUAGCGUCAAUCUUCCACCCAACUCAUCAAAAGUGAUUACAUUAUCAGGAAUUCCAACUUCAGUGGGGUUGGUUACCAUUCCUGGAUGCAUUGUUCAUUGUUUUGGUGUUAUUACCGAACACCUUUUCAAGGAUGUUGAUAAUCUACUACUUGGAGCUGCUCAAGGACUUGUUCUUUCUGACCCUUUUCGUUGUUGUGGGUCUGCAAAAUUGAGAAAUGUUUCUGUUCCAAAUAUUUCGGUUGUACCUCCACUGCCAUUGCUAGUGUCACAUGUUGUUGGUGGUGAUGGCGCCAUCAUUUUAUAUGAAGGUGAAAUUCGUGAUGUAUGGAUAAGUCUGGCUAAUGCAGGUACAGUUCCAGUCGAACAGGCGCAUAUUUCACUGUCAGGAAAGAAUCAAGACUCUGUUGUCUCAGUUGCAUAUGAAAUGUUAAAGUCUGCUCUUCCAUUAAAGCCUGGUGCAGAGGUGACACUACCUGUUACCUUAAAAGCCUGGCAGCUUGGCUUGGUGGAUCCUGAUACUGCUGCUAGCAAGAGUGUAUCUGGAAGCAUGGGGAGGCAAUCCAAGGACGCAAGCAGUCCAAUGCUGCUAAUCCAUUAUGCAGGGCCAUUGGCAGUUCCUGGAGAACCACCAAGAAGUGGGUCUGUUGUUCCCCCUGGUAGGCGCCUGGUUGUUCCCUUGCAUAUCUGUGUCUUGCAAGGUUUAUCUUUUGUUAAGGCUCGUUUAUUGUCAAUGGAAAUUCCUGCGCAUAUUGGUGAAAACCUUCCUAAAGCAGUUCAUGUGGAGAAUAGCUCCACUGAAGAAGUUACUGUUUCUGAAAGCAAAAUGAAGAGGCUGGUAAGGAUAGAUCCUUACCGAGGAAGUUGGGGGCUACGCCUUCUCGAACUUGAGUUGUCUAAUCCAACUGAUGUUGUGUUUGAGAUUAGUGUUUCUGUUCGGCUGGAAGACUCGAGUAAUGAGAGUAGCCCUUCUGUUGACCGGGGUGCUAUUGAAAUUGGUUAUCCUAAAACAAGAAUUGAUAGGGAUUAUUCUGCAAGGGUACUCAUACCAUUGGAGCAUUUCAAGUUGCCCAUCUUGGAUGGUUCCUUUUUUAUGAAAGAUUCCCAGGCUGAUGGGACUACCAGUGGCAGAGUUUCAAGCUUCACAGAGAAGAGUACUAAGGCUGAAUUGAAUGCCUCUAUUAGGAACUUGAUUUCUAGAAUUAAGGUGAGAUGGCAAUCUGGACGUAACAGCUCCGGAGAACUAAAUAUCAAGGAUGCAAUACAGACAGCCCUUCAGACAUCUGUUAUGGAUGUACUGCUGCCAGAUCCAUUGACGUUUGGCUUCAAGCUUGCCAAAAAUGGUUCUGAACAUUCUCCUGAGCCUGUUUCACCAGAGGAAUCCAAUAUUCAAGUCUACUCAUUUGCAUCGAAAGGUUCUGUUCUUGCCCAUGACAUGACUCCUAUGGAAGUUCUGGUUCGCAAUAACACCAAGGAGAUGAUCAGCAUGUGUCUUAGUCUUACGUGCAGAGAUGUAGCUGGAGAGAACUGCGUUGAGGGUAACAAGGCAACUGUUUUAUGGGCCGGUGUUUUGAGUGGGAUCACAAUGGAGGUUCCUCCGCUUCAGGAGAUCAAGCAUUGUUUCUCCCUGUAUUUCCUGGUACCUGGUGAAUACACUCUGGCAGCCGCUGCAGUGAUUGAUGAUGCUAAUGACAUCCUCAGGGCUCGAGCAAAAACCGAUUCACCUGAUGAGCCAAUAUUUUGUCGAGGACCCCCAUUUCAUGUCUGUGUCAGCGGGAAUGCAUGAUGGCAUCUUGCCUACAGCCAACAUUAUCAGGUCAUAUAUUUAAAACAUCUUCAUUGCAGAAAGAAAAUGCUCCCUCCAGCAGUUUGCGACAGCUGCUACUGCUGCUCAGAUUUUUAUACUUGAUUCUUCUACCAGAUCUUCCUCCUUGCUAUACUUAAAAAUUAGAUUCCAGAAUUCACUUGUGUAUAUUUGGGUUUUCCAUGUGCUUGUAAAUUCAUAUUUGAGGCGGUUUUAUGAAGCGGAUUUUCUUUUGGGAGUA